GCAUAGGAAUAUUAAAUAUUUCAAAAGAUGAAAAGGAAAGUGGCCAAAGCUGGAAGGUUUAGACUGAGUCCUAAUGAAGAAGCUUUGCUGUUGAAAGAAGAAUAUGAGCGAAGGAGAAAACUAAGGCUGCAGCAGGUUAGAGAGCAGCAGAGGAACAUUGCUUUGCAGAUAAGGCAAGGUGUGAAGCAACGAAGAGAUGAGCAGCUGCAUCAGUUGUCAGAGGAACUAAAGGAAGAGUGGCGGAAAGCACAAGAGGAGAAGAUUAAAGCCUUGGAAAAGCUUUAUCUGGCAAGCCUGAGAGCUAUAGGAGAAGGGCAUAGACAGGCAAAAGAAAACAAACCUGAUCCGGAGGCUGAAGCCAAGCAAAAGGAAAGGAAACAAAGAGCAGAAAGGAGGCAUAAAGAAGCCCUGAAGGAGCAGAAGAACCAGAAACAGAAGUUACUGAAGGAGCAAACAUGGAGGGCAAAUGCGCGGAAACAUGCAUUAGAAGUAGAAAAAGAGAGAGCAGCGAAAAUUGCAAGCCUGCCUCCGCCUCCACCCCAUCCUUUCGAAAAUAUUGAGCUGAAGAGUGUGCCUUCAGUGAAAGUCUCAGAUGGGGACAGUUUUGCAGUUAGUCGUCACCACUUCUUUGAGCCAUACGUGGAUAGAGAAAUGGACAUAGAACAGCCAGAUGCUCGGCUGCUUGCCGAAGAGGAAGCCAAACGGCAGGAAGGACUACAGAACGAAGAAGAAAGGGAAAAGAGAGAACAGCUGGAGAAAGCUCAUCUGAGAGGCAAGCAGGCCUUGAAGAUGGUUCGUCUGGCACGAGACAGGGAAAAGCUGAUGCAAGAGCUUGAGCAGAUGCAGAGUAUGGACCUGGCACGCAGAAGACAGAUUGUUGCCCAGAUGCCACCACAGCUGUUUGAACCAGGCUACAGACGUGAGGAAAUCAAGGAAGAGCGGCAGAGAGAGUUGGAGUGUGCCUUUGAAGACAUGUACACUGGAGACCGGAGAAUGAGAGGAGACCUCAUUCUGCACCUUGACCCACAGCCUUUGCCGACUUUCUCUGAUCGCUCUCAAGAUGAUGAGCUGGAUCUUUCCCAAGAGCCAGGAGAAGUGCUGUCAAAACCGGGAGAUGCACAGGACACAGAGCCAGGUUUGGGGGUUGAAGUAGAAAAGCCACCCGAGACCCAUUCAAAAUUAGCUUUAACAAAAUUGCUAAGCAAGAUCAGGAACCAAAAAGACCACUGGACAUCAAGAUGUGAGCCGGCAGCUUCAAGUGAGACUGAGACUAUUGAGUCAGGAACUAUUUCUAGUAAAGAGAGAAGAUUAUGUGAAUCGGAAUAUGAGGAUGAACCAAACCGUGAUCGUGCUUCUGAAGCAGAGGAGGUGCCAGAAAUGUUGGACCAAACUGUUGUCGGUGGAAAUGCAGUUGUAAGUCUCUCACAAAAGCAAUCAGCCAACAUUGGAAAGGAAGCAGAAAGGCAAAAACAGAUGGAGCAGCUGGAGCACCAAAAACAGCUGCAGCUGGACUUGCUUCAGCAAAUCGAAGAGCAGAGGAUUCAGCUGGAGGUUGACUUGCUGAGGGCCCAAAUGCGGGACCUGGAAGGAGAGGUUGAGAGAGAGCAGGAAAAGAGACCGCAACAGUCUCAAACCAUUCAGAUGAAUGAUGGGGACCUGGCUAUGAACCAGCAGCAGGAAACAGAACUGAAGUUUGAAACUGCCGCAGGAACGCAGGUGGCCAGCAGUUCUAGAGAGGAUGAUCAUAUACGGGUGAUUCGUGACUAUCAGCAGCGUCUUCUUAUGCAAAACAGGAUGCAGAAAGAGUCAGUUGACGAGGCCCGAAAACAUUUACAGGAGUAUCAGAACAAGCUAAAACAGAGAUACCCAUCGGUUUCUGCUGCAUUGUUUGGUCCUCCUGCGGCAGGUCUUCCUCACCUGAACUCUGUCCCUGCACCAUCACUGCUGUUGCAUGGAUCUGAUGCCUCUCAGAGAGCUGGUCAAACAGCACAUUUGCAGUCGAAGUAUGUUUCCGUACAAGAGUUUGCGCAACCAGUUGGGUAUUCAGAAUGUCCCUGGAGGUUGGAAGAGCCCUCGGAGCAGAAAGACGCAGAGCAAAGGUUUGAUGUGGGCGGUUGGGGGCGCGUCCAAAUGACGGAUGCCCAGGUGGAGCAAAGACCUCUUGAGUCGUUCCAGGUUUCUGGUCCAUGCCAAGAGAGAGAAAAAGCUAACCUCGUCGGGACACCUGCCACACAGGUGUUUGAUUUCCAAGGGGUUCCAGGAGUGUUUGUGCUCAAGACACAGGAUACCUCUGCUAAAACACAGCCUGUGCGGCAGGUCCAGUUCACUUUGCCCACAGACACAUCUCUUGGGUCCUCUAAAAGCGUCCAUCCAUACAAAUCAGAAACUUGUGCAGCUCCGGCAGAAAAGACUCAAUUGCCAAAUAUCUUAAUACCCAUGCUGGCAGAGAACAGAGCAACGUUUGACCAUACUUGCCACCCUCCUGUUCAGCCUUUGCCUUUCUCUGCAGCUAGCGAAGCUGGGGGGCUCCAGGAAUUAAAAAAUGGAAGUGGAUCCUUGUCAGGUUAUUCCGAUAUCGUGGAAUUAAGGAACAGGAUUCUGGCGUCCUCCGAGAGCAUACAGGCUCAGCAGGAGCACUUGAGAGAAUUACAGGAGCAGCUGGAUGAGCAGAGGGAGGCGCUUCUUUCUCGACAGAGGGUGCAGGAGGACUCGCUCAUGCGCAAGCAUGCUCAGUUGAAAAAUCAGAUGGAGCAGCAGCAAGAGGCUUUAAGGGUCUUCCUUCAGCAGCCAGGGCAGUCCAGCACGUAUGGAGAGAUGACUCCCCAGGCACGAGAGCCUCACACCUUCGAUCUGCUGGCAACGCUUGCUAAAGAAGCAGACUCCGGCAACCAAGAGGAGGAUGAGUGGGGUCCUACAAGCAGCCCCUCUGAAAAGCCAUUUCAACGUACUUGGGAAAGGGAACCAAAAUGGAGACCUUCAAAACCCCCUUUGGCAAAAGUCAGACUGGGCCUUGAUUUGGAGCAGCAUGAACUGAGUGCUAUACCAGAGCUCGACACGCCAAGGAGCAGCUGGCUUUCUGGUACAGGUUACAGAGAAUCUCUUACCGGAGACCCUUCCUUCACAUCGCAUGCUGGCGAGCUCCAGUCCACCAGUCACCCAGAUGAAUCCCUCCACGAAGAAACUGAUAUAUUAAGAAUUACAGCUGAUGCCAAAGAACAAAGUUCUAGCGAAACUCCCCGGAGCCAAUCAUGGCAGGAGAAGUGGCUGACAGAUGCAAGUAGUUUGCAUGACCCAGUUCACUCAAGAGAACGUUUUCUCACGGAUCAAGGUUUACUAACUUACGCAGCUGAUAUUGGAAGGCAGCUGGCUCUGUAUCCUGGUUCAUCAUUCGGACCAAAUAGCACGGACUUAGAUCCCAGCCUGUUGCUUGCUUCUAAUAGCAGCUCUACCGGCCAACAAGCCCAUAAGGGGCUUCAGCCUGGCGCCAAACGCAAGAACCACCCCGAUAGCUCGAGGAAGAAUGCCAAGAAAAAGAAGGGAGAGGAAAAGAAAAGUGGCACGGCUCCUAGCCGAUCGCCAAGAGCAGAAGGAGCCAUCACGGUAGCGCUGAAUACAGUAAGAUUCCUUGGUUCGAGUACAUCAAGUCCCCAGACUCAUGCACAAGAGGCAGCUUGUAGCUCUUUGUCUUCAUCUGCUAUUUCCGCUGCCAGCUUUAUAACCAACGAAAAGCCAUCCCGAAGCUUUGCCAUCACAGUUUCUUCGCUGUAUAAGCAGGAUGAUGCUUCCGAAGCUCCAGAUUCUCAUUUUUCUUUGGGAGAAAGGCUUCGCUCAAACAGUAGAAUCCAGCAGAUCAUAGACAAAUAUACAAGAGAUUUGAGCUGGUCUCUAAGCAACACAUCGUCUCACGAUCUAGCAGUCGGAGUUGAUGUUUUUAAUACUGAGAGGAAUUCCCCUGUUGAACUUUUUCAGCCUUUGGAACCCCAUCCAGACUUCGAUAACUUUUCACCCCUUUCUGAACACCGGCUCUCUCACGAGAGCAAGAACCUCAGCAAGAGUUCAGAUUUAUCUGGGAGCCGCGAAUUACCACUUUUGAACUCGGGAGAAAGAAGUCUCAGCCUUUCUUUCCUUGCUGCAGGAAAACAAAGCAAUACUCUGCAAACAAAAGAGGCUGAUGAGACAAAAGAGCAUAUUGAAGCUGCUUCACUCGAGCUUAGCCGGAGUGCUGAUGAACCUGCGGACCUCACCGCUAUGUCUGAACACGAUACAUUUGAGCAAAUGAGAAAAUCUUUGGAGAAUAUGUAUAUUUCACCUGAAUGUGUACAACCUGAGGUACUGGAAGGAGGCGAGGCGAAGGUCAGUCCCCUUUCUCCCAUCGAAAACUUUCGUAGCCCGAGUCCCAUAGAAGAUUGCGGCUCGUUUUAUCAGCUCAUUCCCAAUUAUGGGUUGCUGAAAAAUGCUCUUGGAACGACCCCUUCCGUAAAAGUGGAUGUGGUAUCCAGAGAAGAGAACCUGUGUUUUGUCGAACUGCCUGUUGCUUCAACUGACCCAAAGCAUGAGACAGUACCAGAAACUGUAAUUAUGAACGAAGACAGAGAAAUGGAUUGCUUCCAGUGUGCUUCAUAUACUGUGGGGCAACAGAGAUCUCUACCAACAGAGACACUGCUGAGUUCAACUCAAGAAGCAAGCUCUGAAAUCUCAGCCAGUCCUGGGCACAAUUCUGCGCAGCAAAGUGGCUGUGUGCUGGAUACAUUUCAAUGUUCAUAUCCAAGUGCUGCUCGUGUUAAAAGCUUCGAUUCCUGUUUGUCGCAGAAUAAUGUCCCCGUGUGGGAGCGGCAGAUGGGGAGAGGCAUUAUGGAGGAGCCUGAAUUGACUCUAACCAGCUCCAACGACAUCAGCAUUGCAGGCUCAGACUGGGAACCUCUUAACCAAGCAGACGCCAGAACGGAAGAAACUGAAUGCCUGCCACGUGGUAGCCGUCCUGAAGCCAAAAGCUGUUCAGAGAGCAGAAGGUUUUUACCUUUAAAGGCAGAAGUGAAUGAUUCCACUUCCGCUCAGCCCAACAACUGUCCUUCAGUAGCUCAAAGUACCGAAGAGGAUUGGUGUCAGAACCACAAGCCAAAAACAAUGUUCUUAGAGUUUCUGCCUGCCCAUGGCAGCUUACAAGAAUCGUUUUUCAACCACAAGAAAAAAUUCAUUGAGGAAUCUUCUAAAAGACUGGAGAAAAUUAAAAGUAGACAGCAGCGUUCUACAAAGCCUCAAGUGAAAGGACCCCCACAGAGAACAACAAAACUUCACAAAGCAAAAGAGAACUCACCCUCCUCUGGAGCAGCUGUGAGUCAUUUGAAGAAAGUGGUGGAAGUGAAAGUGUGGUCUGCAGAGGACAGAAAGGUGGCAGAUGUGGAAAUGCACCAGCGCACUUCAAGAUUGUAUAAUAAUCUCACCGAAGUGAAAAUCCGCAAGGACGAGAGAGAGAGACGAGAAACAUACGCCAAAAACCGGGAAAAGGCAAAGGAAUUUCAGAAGAAAACACUGGAAAUGCUACGAGCUAAAAAAACACAUUGAAGUACUCUUCAGAAAGCAUCUUGGUAAUGGAAGUUCAGUACAGGAUAAAAAGACGAGGUCAACUU